GGAGACUGUCCAGUGCUGUAAUGCUGCUGUCCGUGCACGGUUCUGAAAGCAGCCACACGUGCUGAGCACCAGGAGAGGCAGAAGCUGCACAACACUGUGAACGUGGGCUGUGCGUUAUACCUGAGCAACCAGUGCAGACCUACAGUGUUUAAUUCCAGUUGUUCAGAAGGGAAAAUCCAGUCGCAUAUAAUGGCCCGUCGACUUUCAAAAGAAGAGUUAGAUGAGCAGUUUGAACAGUUUCUGAAAGAGUCUCUUUCAGAUGAUUCACUUGGAAGUUCAAAGAAAAAAUCCAGCGUUCUUGAGACCUUGGGGCAGCCCAGGAAAAAGGAAUCAAAGAACAAAGAUCCCGUGCCGUGGUGGGUAUCGGAGGAAGAUUCCGAUGAUGGUGAUUCAAUUGUCGCUUCUGGGCCUAAUCAGAGUAUCCUGGGAGCUGGCCUGGAUACCUUGGAGGAGCAAGAAGAGAAAGAAAAGUUCUUUGCCAAACUUGAACAAGAAGCAUCAUCUACUCUUGACUACUCAAGAUUAAAUAAAGAGCUGGAUUCCAAUGAUUCUGUAAUACUAGCACCAUUUGUACGAAAAGAAAACAAUGAAAACGGAGAAGAAGAAUCUGUACAUGACGAGAAAUCUGGCAGCUACAGUGAAGAUUUUGAAGAGGAGACAGAUGUUAAUCCUGCCUUUAAAACUGAAGAAAAUCAGGAAGCAAACACUGGCAUGCUGGCUAAAGUAUUACUUGACUCACAAGAUUCAACUACAGAAAUUGAAAAGGCUGCUGAAACCUCAGCUGUAGCUGAAACCUCAGCUGUAGGCGAGCAGUGUCUGCCUCGAGAAGCUACUGGAAUUGCAAUGAAUGAAACAGGCACUUCCCAUGGGCACACCAGGAGCGAGCUGGAGGCGCUGCACGAGGCCUAUCACCACGUGGGGCAGUCCUGGGAAGAGCCCGAUGAGCAGAAAGCAGAUGCUUCUGGAGGGGCAGAAUGUCUAGUGCCAAGUGCCUCACAGAGUAACGACCUCUGCUCAAAAAAUAUAUCAACUACUGAAUCAGAUUUACCUACUGUAGAAGAACUGAUGAAGCCUAUUAAAGGAGAUUUGUAUAGUGCCAGAGGUUUCAAUUUGGAGCCUGAAAGCCCCGUGAAGCUGCCAGGCAGCCCAGCAGACGAGCUCGUCAGCCACGAGCCAUCCAAGGAGCGUGAGGGUGACACGGUCUGGGAGACAACCCUGCCUGAGGAAUUCAGCAGAGGAGAGAGCCUCUCCCCUCGCAGGGCUGUGAGUGAGGGUGGCCUUGGGGCAGUGACCAAGAAGGAAGCCGAGACGGAUGAACUACAGCCUGGCUCACUGAAGGGAAAGAUAGCACAAGACUCUCUGCUUUCACAGCUGGUCAGCCAAAAUAACCAGGCACUUCAGUCUCCAUCCUCGAAGGGUGAAAGACUGGAAUCAGUGACACCUAAACAAAUGUGCAAGAGUAUCAGAAGUACAACUCCCUUGCAUAAAAAGAAAUCGCCACACAGUCCUCGUGGCUUGGUUCGGAGCUCUGGAUAUGGGAAGUCUGCUUCUCUUCCCAAACAGCCUUCCCCGUCUAGUGAAAAGAAAGCGCUGAAAGAAACCUUCAAAAAGUCCAGCCUGAAAGCCAGAAGCUCAGCAGAUAAAGCAGGACCUAAAGGCUUAUUUGCUACGAGGAUUAUACGGUCUGCACCCAAGGAAGCAGCUUUGAAGGAGGAGAUGACCAAAGGUGCACCCGGUGUCUCAGCUGCUGGUGCUCGUCCACUGCAGGUCGUGGACUCCCGCAGCCAGGAUCAGCGUGACUCGCCGUUUCCCCCCGCCAGAGGCAGCGAGAGAGAGCUGUAUUUGCUGAGACGAGCCCAAGCUGCCGAGGAGGAGCUGAGCGCGGCCCGGGAGGCCGUGGUGCAGCUCGGCCGCAGCGCCUCCCAGACGCGGCAGGAGAUGCAGGCCGACAUGGAAGAGCUCAAAGCUCGGCAUGAAAAGGAGCUCUCCAGGCUGGGGCAGGAGAAUUACGUCCUUCAGAGUAAGUUAAGAAGCAUGGAAGAGCUGGCUAAAGGAAAGAGGUGGAUCCAUGAAACAGCAACAGUUCCUAUCACUGAAGAAAAACUGGCACAAAUAAAAAAAGAAAUUGAAGAUCAGGAGGUCAUUAUCCAAGGUUAUCAACAGGAAAAUGAAAAGUUAUACAAACAAAUGAAAGAGCUGCACAUUCAAAACAAGAAAAAUGAGGAACAAAUGUUUAAGGAGAAUCAGUGUUUAAUGUCUGAAUUAAUAGCUCUAAGAGAACGGGUGAAUGUGACUAAUCCCGAGUCACGGGUGAUGCAGGCCGCCGAGGCAGCCGGAGAGCAGAGCUUCACGGAGCUGCUGUCGGAGCUGCGAGCGGCCCAGAAGGAAGAGACUAAAUUACAAGAAGAGAUAAAACGUCUUAAACAGGAAAAACAAGCUCUUGAGGUAGACCUGGGACAAGCAAAGAAGGAGAGAGAUCUAGCAAAAGUGCAGAUUGCUUCCACGUCAGGUGAGAAAUCAUACGAAUUUAAAACUAUGGAAGACUCCUACAAGCAGGAAAUUGCUCAUUUAAAAAGAAGACUUCAAUGGUAUGCAGAAAAUCAGGAUCUCCUGGAUAAAGAUGCAGCCCGUCUUAAAGAUGCAAAAGAAGAAAUUGAGAAACUAAAGCUCGAGGUGGAGAAGCUCCGAACUGAAGCUGGAAAUCAGGGAGUGCAACAGAAGACGCGCGUGAGGGACCGGGCAGCAGAUGCCAAAAGAAUUCAGGAUCUCGAGCGACAAAUCAAAGAAAUGGAAGGGAUUCUAAAAAGGAGAUACCCAAAUUCUUUGCCUGCUUUGAUUUAUGCUGCUGCUGCUGCUGAGAAAAGUAACAAUCUUUCAGCUGGAACCAACAUGGUUGAUUUUUUGGAGAGAAGAAUAAAAAAGUUAGAAGCAGAACUGGAGAGUAAAGAUGAUGAAGCCAAAAAGAGUCUCCGCACUAUGGAACAACAAUUUCAGAAAAUAAAGGUGCAGUACGAGCAGAGACUGGUCGAGCUGGAGCAACUGCUCGCCUAUAAAUUCCUGAGCGCAUCGCCCCAACGGAGCAGCGAGGGAGCCAGCAUCACUCAGCUCGAACGGGAACUGCGGAGCCUGAGGGAGAUCCACCAGGUCACCGUGGAAAACCUCCAGUCUGAAAUUGAGAAUCUUAAAAGUCAAAAUUCGCAGCUAACACUUGGGAGUAAAAAGGACAAUAAGGACCUGCAGUCAGCAGAUUCUCCGGUGAAACAGGCGAACACGAAAGAGGGAUGGUUAAAACUCAGUCAAGAACUGGUCGCCAAGAACAGAGAAAUACAAAACCUCACCAAAACGGUAGAGAAGCUUCAGAAGGAAAGGAUGGUGAUGCUCUCCGAUGAUAAUUUCAGACACAAGGCUGCAAAUAAGGAAACAUCUCCGGAGAACUUGAAGAGGAGCAGUGUGGCCGGAGAGGCGCCGGGUCCCGGCGAGCCCUGCGAGGGAGCGGGGCCGGGGCGGCCCUGGGCGCUUCCCGGCGUGGAGAUCUCGGAAGUGCUGCAGCAAAACAAGCAGCUGAAAGAUGAGCUGGAAAGACUGUCUCUGGAAAUGAACCAGCAGAGGGUAAAGUCUCAAGCAACGCUGGCUUAUUCCGAAAAUAAUGUGAGAAGGGCGCAGGAGGCCGCGGCCGAGUUCGCGGCGGCGCUGAAGGCCGCGCACGAGCGGGAGCUGGAGCAGCUGCUGCGGCGGCAGGCGGCGGCGCCGGCCCCGGCGCGGGUGGCCGAGCUGCACGGCAGGAUCAACACGCAGGAGGUGUUAAUAGAACAUCUCCAAGAGCGAAUCGGUGAGCAACAGAGACAGCAGGAAGCCCUGCUAGUCUCACAAAUGCGAGAGGAGCUCCUGCAAAAAGAGGUGGCGAAGCUGUUGGAGGAGCUGCGCGAGGCCAGGGAGAGCCAGAGCCCUGCGAUGCGGCACUUCCUGUGCCUGGAGAGGAAGGUCAAGCAGCUGGAGAGCAGGCGCGCGGCGCGGGAGCAAGAGCUGCGCCAGGUGAGGGCGUUUGCGGCGCUGGCCGGGCCCGGCGGCGAAGCCGAGCGCUGGCGCAGGCUGGCGCAGCGCCAGGGCCGCGACCUGGACGCCUUCCGGGCGCAGCUGGACGCCAUCCUGGAGGUGUGGGCAGCUGUGGGGAAGCAGGUAACUUGUAAAGACAAAGUGAAAGAAGAAACCAAAAUCCACUAG